AUGGCUACUAAACUACAAGCCCUUUCAACCAAAAAAGACUUCGACGUAAAGACGCAAGCAAAGUCAACAAGAAUCAAGAAGGCACGCAUGCGUGGGCUUGAACCAGUAUCAUGGUUCCUUUUAAUAGUGUUAGCGUUACGAUUGGUGCCCAACAUAGAAGAGUGUUCUUCUCCCACUAUUGAUGUAGAGAAGCACACUUUGGAAGAACCAUGUAGUGAAUUCUAUGAGGUCAGAGAAGGGGAAACCUUGUACAGCAUUGCCGAGAAGUGUAGGGAUCCCCAAAUAUGGUUGUGGAACCCGCAUGUUGAAGACCCAGAUGAUGUUUACCCUGGUGUCAUCGUUAGACUAAACCUUUUCAAUGACUAG